AUGGAUGCUACUAAAUUUAUGUUUGUUUUGUGUCUUCUUUUUGCAAUCAACAUCAUCCAUAUGAAAGCUUUUGUGUCAUCGGAAGAAGUAGAUGGCCUUUUUUGUACAGGCAUACUAAAAUGCGAGAAUGAUAAAAAAUGUAUAGCUGCGUGCAAGGCAGAUGGAUUCAAAGGAGGUGCAAAGGAGAACCUCUGUAAUUUCCAGCCGUCGUCUUUCUUAGCCUCGUCACUGCUAGUUCAUCGUCUAUCAUCACUGCGUCAGGUCUCAUUUUCUUCCCGUUGGCAGGUAGAGAAAUCAUGUACCAGAUCCUGA